AUGUGGGUGUGCGAAAAGCUGAAAAAUCCCCUGAUUCCGCACAAAGGAGUCUGGAUUGCUGUGCUGCUUCUGCUGGAGUCUGAGGGAGCUGCAGGUUCAGGACAGACCUGCUACUUUAACAGUACUUCUCAAGCUACUCCUGAUGUAACUUCAGGCUCUUUCUGUUUUCACACUCCUGUCUCCCCCACAGAUGUUGCUCAUGCCUCUGUUAACCACAUCUGCCUGCCCAAAACAUCUGGGCCCGAGAACGCGGCGGCGGAGCCCAAGGAUGGGCAGCACCACUACGAGGGCGCCGUGGUGAUCCUGGACGCGGGCGCGCAGUACGGCAAGGUGAUCGACCGGCGCGUGCGCGAGCUCUUCGUGCAGUCCGAGAUCUUCCCGCUGGAGACGCCGGCCUUCGCCAUCCGCGAGCAGGGCUUCCGAGCCAUCAUCAUAUCUGGAGGACCAAACUCUGUGUAUGCAGAAGAUGCACCAUGGUUCGACCCAGCCAUAUUCACAAUAGGAAAACCAGUGCUUGGGAUCUGCUAUGGGAUGCAGAUGAUGAACAAGGUGUUUGGAGGCACGGUGCACAAGAAGAGCGUUCGGGAGGAUGGAGUGUUCAGCAUCACCCUGGACAACACCUGCUCACUCUUCAGGGGCCUUCAGAAGGAAGAGCUCGUGCUCCUCACUCAUGGAGAUAGCGUGGAUAAAGUAGCUGAUGGAUUCAAAGUGGUGGCACAGUCUGGGAACAUCAUAGCAGGCAUCGCAAAUGAGUCCAAGAAGCUCUAUGGAGCACAGUUCCACCCUGAGGUGAGCCUGACAGUGAACGGGAAGAUGAUCCUGAAGAAUUUCCUGUACGAUAUCGCGGGGUGCAGCGGCACCUUCACCGUGCAGAACCGCGAGCUCCAGUGCAUCCAGGACAUCAAAGACAAAGUGGGCUCCUCCAAGGUCCUGGUUCUGCUGAGCGGAGGUGUGGACUCCACGGUGUGCACGGCGCUGCUGAACCGCGCGCUGAACCGCGAGCAGGUCAUGGCCGUGCACAUCGACAACGGCUUCAUGCGCAAGAGGGAGAGCCAGGCCGUGGAGGAGGCCCUCAAGAAGCUGGGCAUCCAGGUGAAAGUGGUGAAUGCAGCCCAUUCAUUCUAUAAUGGCACAACAACUCUGCCCAUCUCAGAUGAGGACAGAACUCCACGUAAAAGAAUUAGCAAGACCUUAAAUAUGACUACAAGUCCUGAAGAAAAGAGAAAAAUUAUCGGUGACACCUUUGUUAAGAUCGCCAACGAGGUCAUCGGGGAGAUGAACCUGAAACCCGAGGAGGUUUUCCUGGCUCAGGGCACCCUCAGGCCUGACCUGAUUGAGAGUGCUUCCCUGGUGGCCAGUGGCAAGGCUGAGGUGAUCAAAACCCACCACAACGACACCGAGCUGAUCCGCAAGCUGCGCGAGGAGGGUAAAGUAAUAGAACCACUGAAAGAUUUUCACAAAGAUGAAGUAAGAGUGCUGGGAAGAGAGCUUGGUCUUCCUGAAGAGCUGGUUUCCAGGCAUCCCUUCCCAGGCCCUGGCCUAGCAAUCAGAGUGAUCUGUGCUGAGGAACCUUACGUGUGCAAAGACUUCCCAGAAACCAACAACAUCCUGAAAAUAGUGGCAGAUUUUUCUGCAAGUGUGAAGAAGCCUCACACGUUGCUGCAGAGGGUGAAGGCGUGCACGAGUGAGGAGGACCAGGAGAAGCUGAUGCAGAUCACAAGCCUACAUUCACUGAAUGCCUUCUUGCUACCAAUCAAAACUGUGGGAGUGCAGGGCGACUGUCGCUCCUACAGCUACGUCUGUGGCAUCUCCAGUAAAGAUGCUCCCCACUGGGAGUCCCUGAUGUUCCUUGCCAGGCUCAUACCACGCAUGUGCCACAACAUCAACAGAGUGGUGUACGUGUUUGGCCCCCCUGUCAAGGAGCCCCCCACGGAUGUCACCCCCACCUUCCUGACCACAGGAGUCCUCAGCACUUUACGCCAAGCUGACUUUGAGGCUCACAACAUUCUCAGGGAGUCUGGCUACGCUGGGAAGAUCAGCCAGAUGCCAAUCAUCCUGACCCCGCUGCACUUCGACCGGGACCCGCUGCAGAAGCAGCCCUCGUGCCAGAGGUCCGUGGUCAUCAGGCCCUUCAUCACCAGCGACUUCAUGACGGGCGUGGCCGCCACGCCGGGCAGCGAGGUGCCCGAGGAGGUUGUGUUGAAGAUGGUGGCAGAGAUCAAGAAGAUCCCUGGCAUCUCCCGGGUGAUGUACGACUUGACAUCAAAGCCACCAGGAACCACGGAGUGGGAGUAA